CUCACGUUCGAGUGUUUACAAGCGCGCGCGCACGCGGGUGGCGUGUUUUUCCAUUAGCUCAACGUGUUCGUCAAUCGACAAGUUGUCAACGUAGGAAAAAGAAAAUCAUGGUGGAUGCCUGUUUAAAGCAGUGCACUAAAGUGCUUUCAGCCCUUCUGGAGACUGGAGUCUUGCAAUCGUUUCGAUUCGAGUACGACACCAGCGAUUCGAGUACACCACCAGCGGAAUGCUCUGCAUCUCUGGCACUGGCAUUAGACGAGUUGAUGCGUCGCUGUCAGGAAUACAAGGAUAGUCUUCCAUCCGGCCAACAGCCUACCCCGAAAGUCGACACCAAGAUUGUUCAAAUCCAGGUUGACCGGAAAGUGAUCAAUGACAGGAUUGACGCAUUCAUAACCAGAAAACGUAAAGAAGUCGACGAAUGGAACGUCCAGGAGUUCUGCUGCACAAAAGCAAGCGAUGUUGACAGUGACUCAGAACAAAGCUGUGCACGGGUCGAUUCCGUUUUUGUGCCCAGGUCUGGUGGAAGCAGCCAUGUCAAAGUCUCCAGGGUUGUGAACCAGUGGGGCCCAAUGACAAAGCUUAUGAGGCCCACAACUAGCCACACUCAAAGCCCCGUCAAACAGGAGCAUCAAGUCACCGUGCCUGAAGGAAUUGAAGAAAGGCUGCGCAACAUGGAGUCCCACCUGAAGCUGAAAUCCGGGUGUGCCGUACCCCACGAUGUCUAUGCUCGACUGAAGCAGCUGGAGGACAGAAUCUUGUACCUCGAGGGAAUAUCGCCGGACUAUUUCAGCACCACGGUUCAUUCAGCACCACCAGCUCAACGUAGCAGGUCCAGUGACACUUCAAGGCAGUACGAGGAUUGGAGUUUGGCCCAGAUUGAAAGCAGGAUCGAUCUCCUCAAGAGCCGUCUCAGAGAAAAGGCGGAAGCGGCGUCGGAGCCGUCCACUUCGUCUAUGGCACUGUGAAUUGAUGCAACGGCAAGGAUGGAAGACAUCACUCUGUACAGUUCUGUGACAUAAUAUUUAUUUCAUUUUUCUUACAUAACAGUUGUUCAGUGAGAUAUGCUACGAUGCCUUU